AUGUCCGUACCAUCUUCCCCAUGCUCUGAAUGUUCCACGCUCGCACCCCCGGAAUUCGAAGUUGACCAACACGUCGUGAACUUGCUUGUUAGGAUCGUGACUGCCCGCCAUGGAAUUCUUCAUUACCACAGUCAGACGGGGGAACUGUCAACGUAUUUAUGGCCGACCGACCGGCGUGGACACAAAAUCCAUCCUUCGCGAUUUUCGGCUUACCGUGAGGCGCAUGGGACAGAUAUGUUGAGGCAGCAGUUGUCAUGCGAUCCAGGGGAGUAUCCCAAGGGGAGUACGUUGCUGAAUGCGCAACCCACACUUGCGGGUAUUUGUGAGACCCUACGUACCGACAAUGUAUUAUCCUCGAAAAAGGAGGCCUCGCUCAAAUUCGGGACGUCCUGCCGAUUGAGGGUUAUCAUACAUUUAGAUUAUGGAGGCGAGAUCUCACAAUCAUCUGAGGCUCCAUACAAUACUAUUUCACGUCAUUCUAAAGUCUACGUUAUUGUCAUGUGUAAACUGCACUAA